AGCUCCGGGCGCGACGCCUGCACCAUGAACUACCAGCAGCAGCUGGCCAACUCGGCUGCCAUCCGGGCCGAGAUCCAGCGCUUCGAGUCGGUUCAUCCCAACAUCUACUCCAUCUACGAGCUGCUGGAGCGCGUGGAGGAGCCGGUGCUGCAGAACCAGAUCCGGGAGCACGUCAUCGCCAUAGAAGAUGCCUUUGUGAACAGCCAGGAAUGGACGCUCAGUCGAUCUGUGCCGGAACUCAAAGUGGGGAUCGUGGGUAACUUGGCCAGCGGCAAGUCGGCGCUGGUGCACCGGUACCUGACGGGCACGUACGUGCAGGAGGAGUCUCCAGAAGAUAUGGACGCAGGUGGCAGGUUCAAGAAGGAGAUUGUGGUGGAUGGACAGAGCUAUCUACUGCUGAUUAGGGAUGAAGGGGGCCCCCCGGAGGCACAGUUUGCCAUGUGGGUGGACGCUGUCAUCUUUGUCUUCAGCUUGGAGGAUGAGAUAAGUUUCCAAACAGUCUACCAUUACUACAGUCGGAUGGCCAAUUACCGGAACACCAGCGAGAUCCCACUGGUGCUGGUGGGGACUCAGGAUGCCAUAAGUUCCACGAACCCGCGGGUCAUUGAUGACGCCAGGGCCCGGAAGCUCUCCAACGACCUGAAACGGUGUACUUACUACGAGACAUGCGCCACAUAUGGGCUCAACGUGGAGCGGGUCUUCCAGGACGUUGCCCAGAAAGUUGUCGCCACAAGGAGGAAGCAGCAGCUAUCCAUAGGCCCCUGCAAGUCCUUACCCAGCUCCCCGAGCCACUCCUCGGUGUGUGCUGCGCAGGGGUCUGCUGUGCACGUCAGUCAGACAAGUAAUGGAGGUGGAAGCUUAAGCGACUAUUCCUCUUCCGUCCCGUCGACCCCAAGCACCAGCCAGAAGGAACUGCGGAUCGAUGUCCCUCCCACUGCCAACACCCCGACCCCUGUCCGGAAGCAAUCCAAGCGCCGGUCCAACUUGUUCACGUCUCGGAAAGGGAGUGACCCAGACAAAGAGAAGAAAGGCCUGGAGAGCCGCGCAGACAGCAUCGGGAGCGGGCGAGCCAUCCCAAUUAAACAGGGCAUGCUGCUGAAGAGGAGCGGCAAGUCGCUAAACAAGGAGUGGAAGAAGAAGUACGUCACCCUGUGUGACAAUGGCGUGCUGACCUACCACCCAAGCUUACACGAUUAUAUGCAGAAUGUUCAUGGGAAAGAGAUUGAUCUCCUGAGAACCACUGUGAAAGUCCCGGGAAAGAGGCCGCCCCGAGCCACGUCAGCCUGUGCGCCCAUCUCCAGCCCUAAAACCAAUGGUCUGUCCAAGGACAUGAGCAGUUUACACAUCUCACCAAAUUCAGGGAAUGUCACUAGUGCGUCGGGGUCUCAGAUGGCAAGCGGCAUCAGCCUGGUCUCCUUCAACAGCCGACCUGACGGCACGCACCAGCGCUCCUACUCAGUCUCCAGUGCCGACCAGUGGAGUGAGGCUACGGUCAUUGCAAACUCGGCCAUCAGCAGUGACACGGGGCUAGGUGACUCCGUGUGUUCCAGCCCGAGUAUCUCCAGCAGCACCAGCCCCAAGCUUGACCCGCCCCCCUCCCCCCACGCCAACAGAAAGAAGCACCGGAGGAAGAAGAGCACCAGCAACUUCAAGGCCGAUGGGCUCUCGGGCACCGCUGAAGCCAAACGCAAAGCGUGGAAACUAAACCGUGUUGGUAGCCUGCGAAACAUUCACGGCGGCAGCAGCGCCAACACCGAAGAGCAAGAAGAAAACUUUGAGUUUAUCAUUGUGUCUCUCACUGGCCAGACGUGGCACUUUGAAGCCACCACAUAUGAGGAACGAGACGCGUGGGUCCAAGCCAUCGAAAGCCAGAUCCUAGCCAGCCUUCAGUCCUGCGAGAGCAGCAAGAAUAAGUCCCGACUGACCAGCCAGAGCGAGGCCAUGGCGCUGCAGUCCAUCCGGAACAUGCGCGGGAACUCCCACUGUGUGGACUGCGACACCCAGAAUCCUAACUGGGCCAGUCUGAACUUGGGAGCCCUCAUGUGCAUCGAGUGCUCAGGGAUCCACCGGAACCUCGGCACCCACCUCUCUCGAGUCCGAUCUCUGGACCUCGACGACUGGCCCACGGAGCUGAUCAAGGUGAUGUCAUCCAUCGGGAAUGAGCUGGCCAACAGCGUGUGGGAAGAGAGCAGCCAGGGGCGGACGAAACCCUCUCUAGACUCCACAAGGGAAGAGAAGGAGAGGUGGAUCCGAGCCAAGUAUGAGCAGAAGCUCUUCCUGUCCCCGCUGCCAUGCACCGAACUGUCCUUGGGCCAGCACCUGCUGCGUGCCACCGCUGACGAGGACCUGCGGACAGUCAUUCUGCUGCUGGCCCACGGCUCCCGGGAUGAGGUGAACGAGACUUGCGGGGAUGGAGACGGCCGCACAGCACUGCACCUGGCCUGCCGCAAGGGCAACGUGGUCCUGGCACAGCUGUUGAUCUGGUAUGGAGUGGAUGUCAUGGCCCGAGAUGCCCACGGGAACACGGCGCUGGCCUAUGCUCGGCAGGCGUCCAGCCAGGAGUGCAUCGACGUGCUGCUGCAGUACGGCUGUCCCGACGAGCGCUUUGUGCUCAUGGCCACACCCAACCUGUCCAGAAAAAACAACAGCCGGAACAACAGUGGCGGGAGGGCGCCCAGCAUCAUCUGAGCCAGCUCCUUUCUCCGCCACAACACCCUCCGGCCUCGUCUUGGAAGUCACAGCACGUGAGUCCCUUGGUCCCCUCCCUGUUCAUGGUGGUCACCUCCCGCCCACGCCCCACCCAGCACACACAGAAUCUCCAAACCUGAACAUCCUCAAGGGGAAAAGAAGAGGCUGGAGGCCACAGAACCCCUCCUUUCCACAAACUCAGAAGCAACACAGGAGGGACCAGCGACCACGGGUCCUUGAAGAUAGCACACUGCGGGAACCCCCGAUUCUGGUGGCCUGGAGACCGAGCAGGGGUGCGGGGAGGCGAGGAGCAGGAGACAGGCAACUUUCCCGCACUGGCAGUUAAGCACCCCCAGCCCAUGUCACCUCUGCCGAUCGGAGCACUUGGAUUUCAUCUUUUCUCCGAGGGGCUUGACGGCAUAAAUCAGAAACAGGCAGAGUUUGUCGGGUCUGAAGCCCCUAUGAUGGUAUGUGUCAAAUCAGUUGUAGCUAAUCUGUCCAGGGAGAAUACUGGCUUCAUUACACUUGUAUAGUUGAGUUCUUCCAGCGUUACUGCUGUUUAAUAGAACAUGAUUAGUCAUCACCGAGAAGAAAGCAGAUUAGCCGAGGAGGUAGUUACGCCGCACGCUCCGGUGAUUGCCGCCAAGUGAUUGCAGUGCUUCUGGAAGCAGCACAUUAUCCCAGACACGUUCUCUCGAGCCCUCGGAGCCCUCCUUUCUAAAUUCACUGUCAUAAUUUAGUAUCUGUUUAAUUUUUCAGCCCAAAGAGAGGAAAUCAGUUGCCGAGUGUUAUUUGACUGCCGUCUCCUUAGUGCAAAAACAAAAUGGAAAAAAUAAAUAAGAAUAACUUGGAAAUUCAGAGAGAAAUCACAUAUUUGGCUGACCAUAGUUUCUCAGAUAUGUUUCAUAAACUAAAUAAAUACAUAAAAGGCUAUUUUUUUUUCCAAGUAUAGGAGAGGUUUUUCUGUCUUUUGGCCAAGGUGAAUGUGUCAGGCCUCGGUCUCUCCUGGGCCACAUGGUCGCCAUUCACCAGGAUUCUGUCUUAGGUUUUUAGAUAAGAUGUGUGAAAAUCUAUUUGAAUAAAAGAAGUUCAUAAAUAUGCAUUGAUUUUUGUACAGACAAAUGGCACCUCUGUUAAUUUAUAAAUUGAACUGGAUGUGAACUAAUAAUGUGCAACUAGUUGAGAUAAGAGGGUUACAGAUCAUUGUUCAUGGGAAAUAUUCCCAGCAGUAAACACUUCCAUUAAUGUGAUGCACGGCUUUCUAAAGGGAACGUAUCAGAAUAAGAUGGUGGCACAGUUUUCUUAUUAAAAUCAAGAAAGGCGAAGAAAAAACAAAGACAGUAGCUUAGAAAGGGGGACAGGAACAUGUGAGUUCUCAUUCCCAAAGGCAAGACGUGGUUCUGUGGCAAGAAGGGGUGAUUUUCUGAACACCAGAGCCAGGGGCUUUGCAAAGAUGCCUCCUGAAAAGCCGCUAAUGGUGCGGGCACAGUCUGGCUCCAGAGAACUGUAGACUGCGCGGCCAGGCCCCACUCUAGCACCUUGUCUGAUUUGCUCGUAUGGUACACAGGGCGCUUCUGAUACCAGCCAUCUGCAGCAGGGUGGUCAGAUCAGAACCAAACUAUGGCACACACCUUAGGUCAAAAAAGAAGAAGAAAAUGGGGCAGCUUUUCUGGAGCUCUGUGGCAGUGUGCCAGGAAGAAGGAGCUCUAGGCUGAUGUAGCCAAGUCCAGCAACCCCAAACCACAGCCUCCUAGCAGCUCCCAGAGACGUUCCUGCUCUCAUCUAUGAAACCUUAUAUUUUGUAAGAGUUUUUCCUCUUCUUUCACUUUUUAAAAAAAAAAAUUUUAAGUAGGUAGGGGAAAAAUAAAGCUUUACACAGAAUUUAUAUGUGAGUAAGUGUUUCAUGGAGAUUUCUAAUCUUAACUAAGCUUGUUGGAACUGACCAGUAUCCAAAAAUAUCACAGGUGCAAAGCCACAAGUCUGAGACCCUUGACCACAGCCCCACGAUCUCUCCUUGGUUUAUAAUUCUGCGUUUCAUCACUGUGUAGUUAUUUUAAAUGUGAAUAGAGAAAAAAAUGUCAUUGCCUAUUUUUGAAGAAUACAUUAGCAUCUAAUCCUGCUCCACGCAUUCGCCUCCACGUAGCCUUUACUGUCGGCUUUUCUGUAGAGACCACAGAUAGAGUAUAAAUGAAAUUCUUAAAUUAUUUCAUUGUAGUUAAUUCCCACUAUAGGAAUGCUUUAUCAUAGCAGAGCCUACUUUUGAAAAGAAAUGGAAUUCCUCAUGAAGCUUCUCUUCAGGAUGUAUAUGAGUGUGUACAUAUUAUUAUAUGUGUUUAUAAUAUAAUAUUUUCCCAGAUGACUCAUGUCUCACCUCACCUUCCCUAUUGAAUGCUCCAUUUUCCCAUUGCCUGCCCUUUCUCUCCAUCACUGAGAUGUCAUUAACUCCUCCCUAGAAGACAGAGCCCCUCCUCUGGUGUUUUCAGUCGUACUGACCUAAUCUAAGAGCCCGCCCACUUUCAAGAGCCUAUUUGGGGAACACAUAGAAGAAAAGCGAUACUUGGGGCUCAAGGGUUUUCUGUCCAGGUAAAGGAGAACGGUGGCCGUCCUGUGUUUGUAUUUCACUAUCACACCCGAAGUCCUUUCCCUACCAGUGACGUUUUGGCUCCCGCUUGAAAGCUUACGAACACCAAGGCGAGGUGAAGUGAGGAGCCGGGACUGGUGUUAGAAACCGGCAGCGUGGGAAAGCAGUCCAGGUUUUGUGGGUCAUGUCCGUGUUCAGUACAGGAAGCGAUGACGGGAGAAACUCCCACCACAGAAUCACGUGACCUUCCCUGUUGAGGACAAAAGCUCUCCCUUGAUGAGGAGCCGGUGAGGAAGGCAGGCCGCGUGCCCUGGGAUGACCACGUACCCCUCCUCUUGCCCACAUCAGGCAGCCCUGCCGCCUAGCCAGGCAAUUGCUGACCUGGAAAGUGCAGGGCCCAGACCAGGCUUCAUUUCUUUAGUGACCAGGAAAAAAGACCUUGAGUGCUAUGAUUCUGACCCCGUCCAAGCAGACCUCUAAUACUCGGGUGUGCAGGGUCUGACCAAGCCCAGCAUACCAAUCACGGCCCUUUGACAUCCUAGAGGUGAGCGGUAGGGGGUGGGGGUGUGGUAAGUGACUCAUCCUCCUCUGGUCCCCAAAGCAAGAGCACUGAGAUCUCCCCCAGUCAGAGGACACUGUUUCUAUGGCCAGAACUUUAGGCAUUAAUGAACGAGCUCUAACUGACUUGCUUUUUUAUUUCAUUCACGGCACUGGGCAUCAAACCAUGUGAUCAACCACUGAAAUAUAUCCCAACCCAAGUCCCUCUUGCCUCUAAGCAGCAUCACACCCGAGAUAGAUGGGUGGAUGGGCAGGAAACCAGGAGUAUUAACCAGGAACAGAAAUGAAAGGGCCGGGAUGAGGCUUAAUAGCAGGGCACUUGCGUGAACCCCUCUCAAGCCUGCCCAUUUCUCACACUGUCUCCUCCAGGUUUUUUAGUUUUUAGCUUUUCCAGAGUACUAACGUCCAUUUCAAGUGUCACUCUGGCCUGAGACAAGUCUCUCCUACCUUGUGUCUGUGUUGUUAGCUCGUGAGUCUUGUGGUCACCACGAGGCUGCUGAGGGACACACACAUCCCACCCUCGUUUGGUGUCCCGGUCCUCCACCCUUUGAGCUUGCUGACCCCCGGCUGUCCCAGUACGACUCCAGUGCCUGCAUCUCCUCCAGAUGAACUUGGUGACUGAACCGUGAACAUUCAGCCAAGCUCUCUGGAGCAUCCCCCUUCUCUGUCAAGGCCUUUGUGUCUGAACUUGCUGAACCUGCCCGAGAUGUGCCGUCCCCACCCUUCCUCCCUGCAUGCAGGACGUCUUAGGACUGAGGAGAGGCCUGUAUCCCUGUCUGGAGAAGCAGAGUCCCACCGCAGUGUAUGUGAAAGAGGGCGUGUGACCAGGUUCACAAGCUCCCAGGAGGCGAGGGUUUUCAGGAAACACAUCCAUACCUUUUGACGGGCACCCCGUCAUCUACUCUUUCUCUAUCCCUCACACCCCACAAGGUCGCUGAGGCUCUGCUGAAAGUCCUCUCGGUUGUAUUUAUGGCCUUCGAGCAAACAAAUUGAAAAGCAGUCAGGAAGGAAUGCAAAUAGAAAAGUGCCGCCAGUGCACUUCUGUCCUUCAGAGGACACAGAAUUUAUCUCCACUGCCUCUGCAGAGUCUAGUCGUGUCCCGAGGCGAUUUCCCUUCACCCCUCACAGAAAGCUCGGCUGGGGCUUUGGGCACCGCACCUGCACCCUUCUCUUCCCCACACGUCUCUUGGAUCCCUGUCGACCCCAUCUCUUCCAGGCAUGGCUAGCAUACCCAGAUGUGUGCCGGCCACACAGGGGACCGGGGGACACACGUGGCCCUGCUGCUUCGUGUCUUGUCCGGAUGAGGCCUUAUCUUCCAAGCGCUUACGUUAUGUGGUUUGUUGUUUGUUUUUUUUUUUUAACCAAAAAUGUCACAUUCCUACCAGUGGUGCAAGACAGAGCAGUUAGAGGGGCCAGGUGCUUGGGAGAGGGACCUCAAGCUUGUGUCCUUCGCUGCUGGGACUAACUGCGAGUCCCAGGAAGCAAUGAGGCCCAUGAUUGCAGAGCAGUGCCAGGCAGUGGGGUCCCAGCUCACACUUCACAGGGAAAGAUACCCCUGACCAGCUUAGGGUUAGUGCCCCAAAACGCCCUGUCUUCCCUGGCCUGAAACCAAGCUUAGAAACGACCAGGAUUCUCCCCUUAAUGUGUAUGUAUGCCUACUGCUUUUCAAACACAGGUUUGAAGUAAGAGGAUAUUUCCUCCGUAGAUGAUUCUGGAAAAGGGUUCUGUAAAUGAUGAGUCUUUGUGCCUGUAAGUUUUGGCAAGUUCAAGUCAGGCAUGUUGUCACCAGUGCAGUGACCGCCUUCUGGAGGCAGCAGUAUCAUGAGGGUUUGUGAAAACCUGCCCUCCAGGUCCUUCAGAACUCGGUGCCAAUCUUUCUGUAAAACAGUACCACUUGAGAUUGGCUCCUAUUUGGUAAAAACAUUCGUAUCUGAGGUCCUUCUCCCCCACGGUAGGCCUUGGAGCCUGAAGGGUGGGCACCUGGGACUGGCAGUCAGUCACUCAUCGGUCCAAGGAGGAAGCCUUUGUAAGUGAAAGAAAGGUCGGCUCAGGACUUGUCUUUGUUUGGCCUGGCACGUGGCAUCUUCCGGGGACCUCCCAGGUUUGUGAAUCAAGUCAUAGGUGGACUGUCCUGGGAAAGGUGACGAUCAACCUAAAAGGCCGAGUGCAGGGAACUGACCUGCCUUUGCCCUGAUGCAGGGGCAAGGGACAAGCCACAGGUUGAGAGUGCUGGAAAGACUGCCCAUUCCCAGUUAGAAGAGCCCUUUGGUCCCGUAACACAUAGCCAUCCCCAGAUCACAUGGUACCCCAAUUUCCAGAUGCUGCACUGUCCACACUAGCCAGAAAGCUAAUGGUAAAGGAGGCUGUAGAACCCACACCAAGAGAAGAGCUUGGCCGACACUGGGUUGGUCACGCAGGCAUCAGGGCAUAGUGGGUGUGAGGUGGGACACGUUGAAAGGAAAGACUGACGUAGCUCAGCGGUCAGAAACCUGGUUCGGACUCCUACAGAGAUGCCAUGAGGCAGUCCUCUGGAUCCUCAGGGUGGGCAAGGAAGGGACCAAGGGUGCCGGGAGCUGGGGUCGGUCCAGAUGUUUCUCCCAGUUCCUGCUCACAGUUGCACAUCACGCAUCUGCCCAUAACCCCCAGUGCCCCACCAGGACCAUGCUAAAAGCACACAAAUGAGCAGAGGCCAGGCUGUCCCCGUUGCUAACAAGCAAAAGUUACAUUCAAAACUACUUUGUGGCAUUAAGAAGGGGACCUGCACCUUCCUAUUGGAAAUGACCCUCCUCACCUGAGAGGCAGCUCUUCAUCCCCACACUCUGGUCUGGUCUGGUCUUUUCUAAGAUGCCCCGAGCCUGGAGGACAGAGCAGGGUGGAAGGCCCAGGAGCUAGCCGGCCCGCCCCCGAGCAGCCCAGGAGCACGGGCCUGGGUCUCCCCACCUGCCCCCCGGCUCUUCCCUUCCCCCAGCCUGUUUGGUUCCGCAUCUUACCACGAGAGCUUGGGUUCGAAAAGGGAAACUCCAGAGCAGACCGGGGGACAUGAUUCACAUCUCCUGGGCAAGGAAGGCGGCCUCAGCCCACCUGAGAGAGUAGGAGAUGGACGAGCUACAGGGCUUCUGCGGGGGCGGGGGAGGGGGGUCUCUGUUGUUUUCACAUUACCUCAUUCAGCGACUUUGUUUCUCGAAGACUCGAUGACGCUUUAUUUAUAUUGUUUGUACUGUAACGAACCAUUUCCCUCUGCUUGUUGUUUCACACGACCUUGUUUGGAUUAAAUAUACCAGUUUGUAUUUUCCUGCCUUGGGAUUUUCUGUGUCAGCUGUACAGUAUUCUAAGGGGAAAAGAAAAAGAAAGCUGUGUGAAGUAAUGGAGAGAGGUGGCUAUAGUGUAGAGACCUCUUUCUAAUAAAGAAGUGGAAACAUG